CGUCUCUCUUCGGUACUUUGAACAGCAUAUCUCUGUCGGCGUUCCGACCACCUUCACAUCCUCUCGUGUCUUUUUACGUCCUCUACUUUUCUUUCUCUGGUGCAGAUUCCUUCUUGACCACACGCUCUUCUCUGGACAACGAGUCGACCCGCAUGAUGAAGACUCAGUUCAUGGCCCUGUGGGAUGGUCUGCUAUCUGAACCUGACAGUCGCAUCAUGGUGAUUGGGGCAACCAAUAGGCCUACAGACCUGGACGUUGCCAUACUUCGGCGUUUGCCAUACAAGGUGCGUCUUUUCUGGGGACCGCUCUCUCCCCCCGCCUGCCUCCCCACUUCGACCCAUGGCCAUCACCACGCAUUUUUGUGGAAUUCGCCGUAUAAGCACAGACUAUGCUUACUUUUGUUCAUUUUCCCGUAG